AUGCUAAAAUAUUUGAUUUUCGCACAGAUUUUAAUAAAAAUCACCACAAGUUUUAAGUGUGAAUGUUCGAAUAGUGGAAUUGCUUGUCUAGAGGAAUGUGAUACCGGCACAUACUGCUAUACCACGUGGAUAGUAUUAGGCGGAGAUGUUGUUUGGCAGGGAUGCAAAACUACUCGAACGGAUUUAUUAUCAAGCCGGCAGUGCCAAACAAACAGAAAAGGACUGGUUACUUGUGUUUGUGACUCUGAAAAAUGCAACGACGCCUCAUUUUCUGUUGCAUCUGAUGCUGCUCUGAUAGUUCCGAAAACUGUUAAAUGCUUCAAUAUGGACCUAAACCAGGACAACUUUUGCUUUGGUCAUUAUUGUACUUUUUCUAUGGAAAUGAUUAUCAACGAUUUUGGCGAUCUUAUACCAACCGAUAUACGAGCUUAUAGAGGAUGUUCUGAUGAGGAGUACAGUGCUGACUUGAAUUCUGUAAAUAUGUGUAGUAUAUCCGGAAAUGUAAUUUCAUGCAGGUGCAAUUCGUCAUUUUGUAAUCGAGAAGCGGCAUUUCCAGUUUCUUUGGGUAACAUUUUGUGCUAUAUGAGCUCUCCAUUUACUGGAAAUAUUCCAGAAGGGCUGAAAUAUUGCCACCUCUGCUAUCUUCUUCCCACGGACUACCAAGGUCAAUAUGACAGAGGAUGCCUGAGUGUUAGCGAUGGAGCACCUGUGGAAACAAAAAAAUCUGGAAAUUUUGAAAGAUAUAAAUACUGCGAUAAAGAUCUAUCACACUGCCCCGAUGGUUGUGAAGCAGGAUCCUAUUGUUUCAGCACGUGGAUUUUGAGAAAUGGAGGAUUAAAAGAACAGGGAUGCAAAACUACACGAGCUGAUUUGUUAACGGAUCGCCAGUGUCAAACCAAUAGAAAAGGACUGGUUACUUGUGUUUGCAACACUGAAAAAUGUAAUGGUCCAUCUUUCACAAUUCCUUCGGAUGUUUCUUUGACGGUUUCUCCAACUAUCAAAUGUUUUAAUGGGGACUUAAUUGAGAAUAAUUUCUGUUUUGGCCAUUAUUGCUCAUAUUCGGGGGAAGUCAUUUUGAAUGAUUUCGGUGACAUUUUACCAUCUCCUUACCCGAUUUACAGAGGAUGUGCUGAUGAUGAAUACAACGAUGACCUAAAUUCAGUAAACGUUUGUACUUUGAGCAAUUCUAUCAUCACUUGUAAAUGCAAUACUCAAUUUUGUAAUCGAGAAUCAGCUUUUCCGAUUCCUUUGGGAAAUAUUGUGUGCUAUAUGAGCUCAUCUUAUUAUGAUAGCCACCUGUGCUACAAACUUCCCACUGAUGAAGACGGAAAAACUUCCAGAGGAUGCUUAACUGUUAGCGAUGGAGCGCCUGAGGAACUAAAAAAAUCUGGAACAUUUAGAUUUUUUUAUUACUGUAAUCAAGAUUUGUGUAAUGGAGAUUUUUCGGAAAACGCGAUGGAUUUGAUUGAAGAAGAUGUUAAGAAUGUUACUAAAAUUUAA